CUCAUCCACAUUGACUCACGAUUGUGUUGUUAUUGUUUUCUCUCGCUUUCGUUGUAUGAGCACUCACACAUUGUUGUUCCUCAGUCUCGUUGCUGGCCGUACGGCCACCCAUUGCCCAGCAUGUCGUGGAAGAAGUCUACUCAGUUGAUGGAGACCAUCAAACAUUACUCCAACUUCCCGGCGACUGGCGUGAGUCUACGGCAGAUGGUACAAUUUGGAAGCAAUCCCUCCACUGGUACCCUGUUCCGAGCCUCCCAAUUUCUGUCAGAAGAGCUGCCAAUCCGCCUGGCGCAUCGAGUACAAGAGCUGAGCGAUCUUCCCGAUGGACUGAAUGAGAUGGAAAGUAUAAAGCGAGUACAGGAUUGGUACGCACAGUCAUUUGAGGAAAUCACCACGCUCUCGAAGCCGAACCUCAGCACAGAGAUCAAGGAACGACUCUCGAGACCAGCAAAGAGCAACGGUAAAUCACGCAUACUCAGCGAGACUACCGCCAAUCCGAGUAUCAAGCCUGGGCAGUACAAAUCAGACAUCAAGAGCUUCAGGAACGGUGGGAACGGCGAGAACGGCGCUGCGAACGGAGCUGCAGCGAAAACACGAGCAGCCGCCACGCGGCGCUACUUUACCGCGGCAGAUGACGGCGACUGGCCUCCGGAACUGAACGACUACAACACUCGCUUCUCACAAACUCUGGACAAGAUCAAGAGACGGCACGACAGUGUUGUGACGACCAUUGCACAAGGAAUCUUGGAGUACAAGAGGAAACGACAACGGAUGCAGAUUGAUAACAACAUUCAGGCCUUCUUGGAUCGAUUCUACAUGUCGAGAAUAGGAAUUCGCAUGUUGAUUGGACAACACAUAGCUCUGACGGAUCAACGCUCACAAAAUGACCCGAAUUAUGUUGGAAUCAUUUGCACGAAGACCAACGUGAAGGAGCUGGCACAAGAAGCGAUUGAGAACGCACGAUUCGUGUGCGAGGAUCACUACGGUCUUUUCGAUGCGCCAAAGGUCAGGCUAGUAUGCCCGAACGAUCUGAACUUCAUGUAUGUCCCUGGUCACUUGUCACAUAUGCUCUUCGAGACGCUCAAGAACAGCUUGAGAGCCGUCGUGGAAAGGCACGGUCAAGAGAAGGAAGAAUUUCCGGUGACUGAUGUGAUCAUCUCGGAAGGACGGGAAGACAUCACUAUCAAGAUCAGCGACGAGGGCGGUGGUAUUCCACGAAGCAGCAUCCCCUUGGUGUGGACCUACAUGUACACAACCGUGGAUCAAACGCCCAACCUCGACCCGGACUUCAACAAAUCCGACUUCAAAGCACCCAUGGCCGGUUUCGGCUACGGUCUGCCUAUAUCUCGGCUUUACGCUCGCUACUUUGGAGGCGAUCUUAAACUCAUCUCCAUGGAAGGGUACGGCACAGAUGUAUAUCUCCACUUGAACCGUCUAAGCUCCAGCUCGGAACCGCUGCAGUGACAACGACCAGUCAUGAGGGACGAAUGGAAAUCGCCGAUCGAUCACGGUGAGGCCUCGAUACCUUCGCUCCAGGGAUUGGCGCGCGUCGGAAGACAAAUCGAGAAAGGAGGGAAUGCUGCAGCAGUUGGAGGCGAGCACGAUCGCAUUGCGGGCUUGACAAUGGCUUCGCGGGCGAUGAAGUUGAAGGCUGGUUCGAAGAAGGGGUCGACAAUGAAUUUGGGAUACCGCGAGAUUAGCGCGAGGAGACAGGUU